AUCAGAGGAUGUCUUCUACAGGGAGCUCAGGCUUGUCCUCACCUGGAACAGUUCUGUGCCCUGAUCUUCUGAUGCUUAAGCUGAAAUGGCUGUGCUACUGCCAUGAGCUCUUCCACUCCUGUGACACUGCACCCAUGCAUUCCACUCCAAAGGGAGGAACCAGCUAAUGGAACAAGGCUGUGUUCCCAUUUAGUCUGUUCCACAUAUGUCUGCAGCUUUUGCAGCCACAACCAAGAGAGACUUCAUAAUCUGUCACAUACAAGGACUUUGGCACUGCCUAGUGAUCCUUCUGCCCCACAAUGCCCAGUCUUAUGGAACCCCUUUGCUCAAAGCCACAGCCUCCCUUCAAAUGGAAUUCAAUCAAAACAGUGUUGGCAAGUUCUCUGUUGUGCUCUGGAUUUCUGGGCUCAGGAUGCACAUGGGCACUGCACAGGGCAUGGGCAGGGCCCAGACUGAGUCAUAGAUAUGCUUUCCUGGUUUUUGGCAUUUUUCCUGGUGAUUCUUGGUCCUCCUUUCCAGGCUGUCCUCAGUGGGUUUAGCCCUUUCCUAAGAAAUGCCAAAUAUACCUGCCCGGGUAUGUAUUUUCACAUGCACACACACCGUCUCUGCACGCACCAGAGAUGGAAGGCCAUGUAUGACCUGUGAAACUGCCUGAGGCUGUGCAAAGGGAGACUGUGUGAGCUGCACUGAUGCUCCCCUUCAUUUGUUUUCCUUUGCCUCAAUGAGUUUGUGUUGCAAUGAACAUCUUGUGAAAUAUCCUGGCAGGGAAAUGAUGAAAAUUCCCCAGUCUCCAUGUGCUGUGGUGUACACCCAGGAUAUGGGGUUUUCAGCACAUCACAUCAGAGCCUGUGACAGGCCCUCACCAGUGUGGGAGGUGGCCUGUGCAGGAGGAAGGCUGUUUGUGACCACACUGGUAACGGGGACCCUUGGAGAAGAGUGAUCCUCUUGUAGAGAUGAUGGAUCACCAAAGCAGAGUCAGUCCUGGAACUGCAGCCCCAGCAGAAGAGAGAAGCUGCUCCUGGCUGAACAUCUGGGUCUUCCUUAUCUUUGCCCUUGCAAUCAAAGCUGCCUUUGUGACCAUCUGCCUUGUGGUUCCCUUCUGCCACAGCACUGACCAGCCCACAGCCCUGCAGCAGCAGUUCUCGGAGUGGAAGUGCGACUCAGCGGUGCCACAAGUCACAGCACGAGGCUGGACGUGCUGCCCAAAGGACUGGAGAAGGUUUCAAAGAAGCUGCUAUUUCCUGUCCCUUGACGUGAUGAACUGGGCUGAGAGUGAGCAGAACUGCACUGGGAUGGGCUCCCAGCUGGUGGUGAUCAACAGCAAGGAAGAGCAGGUUUUUCUCUCUGAGCAGAUAAGACAAUCUAAAGAACCGAAACCAGACAAUUUCUACAUUGGUCUGUUUGCAGAGAAGGUGGGCAAGUGGCAGUGGGUGGACAAGACUCCAUAUAAUGUGACAGCAGCGUUCUGGCGAAAAGGUGAACCAAGUGAAACCCUUGAUGAGAAUUGCGUUAUAAUCCAUAGGGAUACAGAACUACCCAACAACUGGAAUGACGUCAGAUGUUUGAAGUAUCAUCGAAUUUGUGAAGUUGCAGCAGUAACUGUGUGAUGGAAGUGCCCCUGUCCUGAGUAAAGCUGGGAGCUGAGCAGUGAGCUGGGAACAGCGCUGGCUGUGCGGGGAGGGGUGGGGAGCCCUGAUACAUCUUCACGGUGUGGGGUGGGACCAUGUGUGUGAAAGUGAAAUGAGCUUUGUCCAGCAUCCCCCGUGCAUGGGGUGGCUCAGGAAACACAGGAAGGCUCAGGCUCACUGAAGCUGGUGCUGUGUUCUUGUGUCCUCUCUGAGUGGGUCCAGCAGCCGCUGGCUGGAAAGAGAUGGACUUCUCCAGGAGGAAGACACAGGAAUGGAAGACACAUAUCCAGAGAUUCAAUGUCCUUUGUGUCCUUGAGCAGAGCUGUUUGCUUUUUGUUGAGUCACACACAGAAUGUCCUCUAGCUGUACUGGUUUUGCUGAGCAAAUUCUGAAAACUUAGACAAGAGAAAAUAC